AUGCCCACAUUCGCUAUGCCUUCCCCCUCGACGGCAGCGGACCGCGUCAAGCUGGCAGGCAGAAGACUGACACACUGGAUAGAGAACGAGCAUAGACUGGUAACCUUCCGAGAGGUCGCUCGGGAAGUGGGAUGUCACAAUAAUGAAGCCAAGAAUCUACUUUUAUCUCACUACACCUCCCAUCCCUCCCUCUACCCAACUUACAUCCUCACUGGAAACCUACUCCCUACCUCUUCCCUCACCCAGACUCAAAUCCAUCACGAUGGUCCGUCUCUCCCAGCGGGCAGUCUGGCACAUUUGGGUAACGUGAGGAUCGUCGACAUGGACCAAGUAUCGGAUGAUGAGAGGAAUUCUGAAGAUGGCGAGAUUGAUUUGGCUGGUGAACUGAAUGAUGGGAAGUUGGGAGAGAUGAGUAUGGGCAGUGAUGAAGCUUCUGAAGAUGGGAUCAAGGGGGGAAUACGACAUGACGCAGGGGGUGGGAAUGAGGAUGAAGAAAUGAGAGUGCAAGAGGUUGAACGAUGGGGUGUUGUUUUAGUUGGAAAAGAGAAGUUGGAAGAGAAAAAAACCUUGUUCAGACCUGAAGUCAAUAUACAUAUAUAUUCUUUAUCCCCCGGACCGAUCAAUGACCCAGCUCAAUAUCUCAUCCCCUCUGUACAACUAAGAUCUAUGGAGACAUAUCAUAAUCCUCAAUUAUACGGAACCAUCACAGGUGAUGCUUUCGUUUCUGAAGCGAAGAUGAAAGAUGGAGGUAUGUCAUUUGAUAAGAAAUCCGGGAAUUCGUCAAAGGACAAAUCGAAGGAAUCGUCUAAAACGGUUACAUUGGAGAAAGAGAAAGUGGAAGCUGUAAAGACGUCUUCUACAAAAGGGUCAAAAGUGAAAGAUAAAGGCAAGAAUGAAAAAGAGAAGGAAGGAGAAGAGUUGAAAGUGAAGAAAGAACUUCACCAGAACCCAAAUAAAGAUAAAUCAAAGAAGAAACCGUCCCUCACUCCCAACCAACCCAACAACCCCGUGUCCUCCCAUGCCGAGCCUUCAACAACCACCAACCCCAGCUCAUCUCAAAGACAAAGAGAUGAUACUGCAGCUAUGGAAGCCAUGAUGAGUAUGGACGUGGAUAUGAACUCUGAUUCAGAUCAAGAAGCCGAGUUCGAUUCAGGUGAAAAAGCUAUCAAAAACAAGUCUGAAAAACGAGAUGGAGAUACGAUAGUGGAGGGAGGAAGAAAAAGACGGAAAGUCAAGAAGAGUAAAUCGGAGAUGAACGAAAAGGGAUAUAUGGUGACAAAAGAUUAUUGGUCGGAAGAAUCUAUUUCUGGCGAUGAUGACUCGUCUCCGACUUUGAAAGAAGUGAAAGAAGAAAAUAAAACGCAAGCAUCAAAGAUGAAGAUGAAACCACCUCCCGUCGUAGCACCCAAGAGAGGGGGAUCGGGACAAAGUACAUUACAAGGGUUUUUCAAGAAGAAAUGA